AUGGAUGGGGGCGAGUCGUUUUCAGCAGAUGUUCGCUGUGUCUGGCUUGGAACUCUUUGGUCAAGGUCACUGCUUCAGAAGACACGCAGGGCAAGCAGCAGACUGAACCAUGCAUGUGAUGAUCUUUGUUUGACAGACGAGCUGAAGCCUGCUUUUGAAGAAGCUUGCAGAGGAGCCGCAUACAACAGGUUGCCAUCCAACGAAUUCUAUAUCGUUGGUGCACUUGCUUUAAGACCCAGGGAGCGGUACCAGCAUAAAACUUCAGGCAGCUUGGGCGAUGCGGUUCGUCUCCAGCUGAGUCACUGGACGGUGCUUGCCGGUCGUCCACUGGACAACAGUGCUUUGAUCUUCGAUGUUGUGGAAGCACUGGAGUUGAGAACUCCGGUCGUGUGGAAUACCAUCUCUGGCCGUAAAGGGGGCUCGUUUUUUACAACUCUGGAAGAUGGGCAGGAAGCAAAAUUUCGGAGAGAGCUGCCGGCGCAGCACCAUCCUGGUUUUGUUAGUGGGUGCAGUGGGUGCCAUCGAGUUUUGCGAUUGCUACUGCCCUAUGCGAUCAUGCUCAUGCGAAAACAGUGGUUUACUGUUGCAGUGCCCGAUUUGGUUUGCAAGUGGAACUACGACCCUUACGGCACGGACGGCGGCAGGAAAUUUGUAUCUGGCCUGGUUGGGGCCGGUCGUAAGUAUGAGCGUGCUUGGGCAGCCCUCCGCAAGUUUGGGCCGAGACCAAAGGACGUGCCCGAUGCAUCUGAACCUGGUGAGGGUCGUGGUCACGGCGCUUCUUUAUCUAAGCAGGGCCUGGAUGUCGUGCAUGACAGCAAGAAAGUCUGGGACUUGGCUGACUGUUUAGUGAGUUUGGGAAACGGUCGAGGGGACUCCGUGGAUCCGUCGACGUGGCAGGACUUUGUCGCUGGCCUUCGGUUCCAGCAUUGUGAAAGCUUGCUGUUGAGUGCGAGGCGGCAUGCAUAUGUUGCUGGAGAGCCGAGCCUUGCUUUUCGCAUCGGCCACCUUGUGGAAACAAUGCUUUUCGCGAUGUUCUUGAGCAAUGAUUCGAAUGUUGGCGAGGCGUUGAAAAUGGCUGCAUGCCUGCUGCUUCCACAGCAGCUUGCCAUGGCGUGGAUUGACAGGAUAUCGGCCGAUCCUCAGAAAUAUCUGCCUUCGGCCUCGAUAAUGUCGCAGAGACGAGCAGCUCUGGACAUUGGCUUUGCCAGGUUGCAACAAGACUGGUUGACAAACAAGCUGCUACAGGGCUGCUGCAUCUUCGCCAUGACAGAUUCUUCCCCGCAGGGCGGGCGUGACUACGAGAUCACAGUGCUCGACAUCGUCGCGGCAGCUGAUGCUCGAGACAUCAUGCGACAGGUUGAUGCUUGGCGACGGCGGGAUCACGUUCUUCCAGGUGACAAAUGGGUCAUGCCUAUGUUGCGUCGGAAGAUUGUUCAAAUGAUUCCGCCCCCCACAACAUUGGGCGGGCGAGCCGGAAAUGCUGCUCAUCGCUUGUCCGCAUUCUUGCAGUCAUUGCUACUCAUCAGUGGUGAUUUCAAGACCUUGCAGAAAGUGCUGUCAUCUCUUCUUAGCAUCACGACAGACUUGGGCGUGGAGAGCUUGCUUACGAAGUUGGACCAAGCUUUUCGAGUGCAAGCAGACGAGUCUCUGGACCAGGAGCCUUUCCGGCAGCAGGCGGAAAACUGCUUUGAUGAAGAGCAAGGGGAGUCGGAGCGACUCAUCGCAAAAUGUUUUUCCAGCGGCCCUGCAGGUCAGUCUGAAGUUCGAAGCAAGAUUGAGGCUUUCAAUGCCGAGUGCUAUCGAGAACGCUGGGGCACAGGGGCUCGGUGCGCCAUCGAGCUGCACCAUGUUCUCCCGGCACUUCGUCUAGGAUGGAGCAAGGAGGCAUACCUGGCAGGUUCAUCUGUUCAAUCGCGAGGUGUGAAUAUUGAGGCAGUCGACAAGUUGGUGCAAUGCCCAUGGUUUGAGAGCUUUUUGGUCAUGUUGAAAGUGUUUUCAUCGAUCGUCUUGCAUCUCAUUCACUGGGUAGAGAGCUGUCCCUGCCAUUGGCAUCUAUUGACGGGUGCUUCAGCGCAGUUGCUCAGCAAAGCAGACAGGCAUCUCUUGGAGCAAUGCCCCAUGCGCACCAGGCGAGCCCCCGAACUUGCCCAGGGAGACUUCCUGAAGGAGCUGACGUCCUUCUCCUCUUAUGCAGGUUCGGACUUUCUGCGACAAUUCCCUGUUGAGCUUGAGGAGUCCCAGCAAGCGACCAUCAUUAGAGAGUUUGAGCAUGGCCGGGCUUAUCUUACCAUGGUGUUGAUGUUGAAGACAGCACACUUUCGUAGCCUGCCCUGGUCUGCAGCAGGGUUGGCGUAUCACGAUGAGGAACAGGCUCGUGAGGUGUGGAGUGCUUUUCGUGCAAGGCUGGACACAGAUUCAGUUGAGGCAACCUCGCUUCGCAGACAGUUGCCGCAGUUGGUGAUACCAGAGGUUUUGCAACAGGGCGACCAUUGGUACUGUGGUGCUGACUUGGAUGCCUGUCCGGACUUUGCCGAGGCGGUUUCCUGCCUUGCUCUCAUUCCGAUUGCAGAGCGCAGGGUCGAGUCUCAACAUGCUCGGACCCAGAAAGGCUCCAAGAAGAGUCCGCACCAUAGCCCGGCAUACAUGUCCUUGCAGCUUCGGGGCAGGGAGAUCAGCGAGCAGAUGUGUCGCAAUCCGAAGGAGUUUGUGUCCAAGCUAGCCCCUUGCGUGUUUCAAUGCCGCUCAUACAGGAAGGCUGCCCAGGCCGUGAAUCUGAACAGGCACCCAGCCAUUGUCAACGGGUCCGGGAAUUCCCGCGACCGUGUCAUUCGUGAUGCAAUCUACCGUGCAGACACCGCCAGUCUUCAUCAGCCAAUGCCAGAUGUUUUUGUUAGAGACAACAACACCCGUCCGCCCCGAGCUGCUCUUCCCGCUGAGGUGUUGGCUGAUACUCGAGGUGGGCAGCUGCUGCACCAACUCAGCCUCGAGCACCUGAGUGCCCGAUUGCAGGACAAUCUGCACAGUGGUAAUGAGGGAACCGGGUCAUUGGUCUUUGCAUUGCCUUAUGACCGUGCCGCCUUUUCCUUGCUCCGCGAGCAUGUGCUGCCAAGCCAAAGCCAUCUUCCCAUUGUGACCAAAGUGCAGGAGCAAGAGUUUUCAGGCAGUCUCGUGGAAAGUAAUAGCAGACCUUCUGUCACGGAUGUUGAUGUCUUCUUCCAGUCAGCUCGGAUGAUGCCAGGGAGCCAGCAUGUGCAGAUGAUUUUCUUCAAACUGUUGCCGUCCAUGCAUCGCAUGAAGCGUUUCCAGGCUGAAGGUGAGCAUCGUUUUGAUGCCACAGACCUGCCGAUCGCAGUCAUGAGGCCGGUGCAAGCAGACUUGGAAGCAAGAGAAGUGUACCUGGAUUCAGAGCUCCUGAGUUUGCGGUCCACCGUGCCUGGUAUGUCUGUGGCUGACGUCCCUUGUGUCAUCUCUUUGCGCUCUGCAACUUUGACGCAGUUGAAGUUAAUGUCCGUCUUGCAGUCAGAUCCAGAGUCUCGUUACUUGUUCCGUCCAUGCCCAGAGCUGCUGCGUGUCAACGAGUCUGCAGAUGCCUCCUUGCUGCACGGUGUCUUGAAGCAGAUAUGUGCCCGUGGCAGAGCUGGGCUGCCCGACGUUUCCAGGUUUUCUUCCAACGAAAAGGAGCUCUUGGAAUCUCUGCAACAAGGCGGUUUGUUAACAGCAGACAUGCCAAUUCAUUUUACUGAUCGUGGUCAGGAACUUCUUGUUGUGGCUACCCGAGUCUCUCAGCCGAAACCACUCCUCAGUGUCGGCGAUGGCCCAGUGCAGGACCGCAGCCGUUGGCAACUUUUGCAAGGCUUGUUAGAUUCGGGUUGGGUUUUGCGCUUGGCUAGUGGCCGUGUCUGCCGCGAAGCCCCAAGUUAUCUGCACGGAGAAGGCGAGAAGAUCCUUUAUCUACAGCAAUCAGAAAAAAAGCAAAAUGUUGUCUGUAGCCGACACUACCUUUUGGCUUUGACUCUUGCAGACCAACACGGACUGGCAGUGCCGCAUGGGAGGACCAAUGCUCAGUAUAGCAGGAUUCUCAGUGGCUUGGAGGCACUGCCGCUUGCAUUGCGGCAGGAAGCGGCCACUCGAAAGACUCGAAAUUUCAGGCCAUUGCGAGAUGGAGACGAUUGGUUAGAUGCUGAGGUGGCUCCCAGGCCCAAGCGUCCCAGGCGCCGCAGAGCCGCGCUGGGCGAUCAGGCAGCUGUUGCAGCAGGGCAUCCAGUCGACGGUGACGUUGAUGGUCAAGUCGAAGUCAUGCCGCACGACGGUGAUGAUGAUGGUGAUGCGUAUGAUGCUGAGUUUCAUGCUUUGAGCGUGGAUGAGCAAGUGCAAGCGCUUCUUGCUGAGAUUGACAGUGAUGGCGGCGAUGUCUUGAGUGAUGCUGAUGCUGCUAGUGAGCCUGACAAUCCUGGCAGCAGUUCCAGCAGCGGAAGCAGCCGCGAUAUGACUUUGAAGAAGCUCAAGUGGUGGCUCCUCCAGGCAUCUUUGUACGGAAGCAAAGACGAACACGUGCGUGUUUGCCCAUACACAUGGGACGGCGACGAGCCUGAAGACGACGAUUUGGAUGCAACCGCAUUCGGGUAUUGA